AUGUUCUUCUGGUAUUUUGCCGCUCGAGAUGACCCGGAGAACAAGCCGAUGACGCUUUGGCUCAACGGAGGCCCGGGCAGCGAUUCACUUAUUGGACUGUUCCUGGAGAACGGGCCGUGUAACGUCACUGAAGAUGUCGUCACGCAGUUGAACCCUUACUCUUGGAAUGAGGCUUCCAACAUGCUCUAUCUCUCUCAGCCUCUCGGAGUCGGUUUUUCGUACGAAGGUUAUGGAGAUGUAGUUGAUCCUGACCGUACAAACACCACCGAAGCAGCAGCGAUUGGUGCUUGGCAGAUCAUCCAAGUUCUUCUUGGAGUAGCCGAGGACACAAAAGACACAAGACUUUCCAACAGGACAUUCAAUCUGUGGACUCAGCAGUACGGCGGUCACUAUGGCCCGACCUUUUACAGAUACUUCAGCGACCAGAACGAAGCCAUCCGGAAUGGCUCCAUCUCGGGCUAUUCGAUGACGAUGGAUACGCUCGGCAUAAUCAGCGGCCUCAUAGACGAACAGAUCCAGACGCCGUACUACCCCGAGUUUGCGGUGAACAAUACAUACGGCAUCAAAGCGAUCAACGACAGCAUUUACAGCUUCAUGAAGCAAGCAUACGAGACGCCUGGCGGAUGCAGUUACCAACUCCAACUUUGCGCAGACGGCCUCGACGUCGACCCAACCAACAAAGACACACUCCGCUACUGCUCGACCGCCGCCAGCUCCUGCUACAGCUUCGUCGAACAACCCUACUACGACUACAGCGAGCGAGCUGCUCAGGACAUCCGCUCCUUGGAAGAAGACUUCCAUCUACCAACCUACUGGCUCGACUACCUCGCCUCCACCUACUUCUCCGACGAAAUCGGCGCCAACGUCAACUACAGCUUCGCCAACGCAAACGUCAGCCUGGGCUUCGACCGGACCGGCGACGCGGCGUACCCGUUCUUCAAGCGCGACCUCGAGUGGGUGCUGGACCGCGGCGUGCGCGUCGCGCUCGUGCACGGCGAUGCCGACUACAUCGCCAACUGGUUCGGCGGCGAGGCCGUGUCGCUCGCGCUGAACCACUCGCACGCCGCGCACUUCCGCGCCGCCAGCUACGCGCCGUUCGUCGUCGACGGCGAGGAGUACGGCGUUGUGAGGGAGUACGGGAAUCUGAGUUUUACGCGCGUGUACGAGGCGGGGCAUUUGGUGCCGUUUCACCAGCCGAAGGCGAGUUUGGAGUUGUUUAGGAGGGCGGUGAAUGGGUUGGAUAUUGCGAGGGGGGAGACGGUGGUGUCGGAGGGCUUUGAGACGAAUGGGAUGGCGCUGGCGACGCAUACUGAGGCUUAUCCUGGGAAGUAG